AUGAAGGCCACUUGUUCCAUCCUUGGGAUCCUGGUGUUGGCCACCUACCCUGCGGUGGUGACCUCACCGGAAACAAUGGAUAUCCCUAAGCCGCUACAAGAAGCUGUGGGGGAAGUCCUUGUCAAUGCCACAACUUGUUCUGUCACAUGUGGCCUUGGCUAUAAGGAGGAGACUGUCUGCGAGGUGGGCCCUGACGGGGUGAGGAGGAAGUGCAAGUCUCAGCGCUUGGAGUGUCUGACCAGCUGGAGCUGCGGGAUGCUCCAUUUCACCGUGCUCGCGGGGAAUGACUUUGAGCUCAGCUGUCUCAGUGCAGAUAUCCUAGAGGACGGGAAGGAAUCAUUCCGCUUCACCUGGAAAGUCGCUCGGGGUAUUAUCUCAAUUAACGAUGUGAUCUUCAAACCCUACCGAUCCACCUUGCACUUCCUCCUGUUCAAGCCUGCUCUGGAGUCUCACUCGGGCACGUACCGCUGUGAUGUGCAUCAGCUGAAAAACUUGAGGCUUGUCAAGAGGCUCUAUUUUGGGCUGAGGGUCCUUCCACCCAAACUAGUGAGUCUGAAUUUCAAUCAGUCCCUUACUGAGAAUCAGAGGUUGGUAGAUGAGGGCUUGGAAGUUAAUCUAGACAACUAUACCACGCCUUCUCAACCCAAGUGGCAAAAGAAGGUGGCAUCAGCCUUGGCCAUAGGUGUUGCCAUUGGAGUGGUUGUUGGGGUACUGGUGAGCAUCGUUCUCUGCAGAGUGCUGAGUGGGACGUAUAGCACAGAGAGCCUGGGGAAGCUACAGGCCUUUCCACGCCCCGGCCAAAUGGCAGGGGAAGAAGAGCACAAUGUGCAGCUCCGUGGUGGCUCUGGGUGGUGA